AUGUAUUACCCGACAAAAAUAAAGCAAGCGGUGUUGAGUGUAAAAGAUAUACCGGGAGAAAACGGCGUAGCCAGACUCCGCGGCGACGAAUCGUGGGAGGAAGAAACGCGAUUAGACGAAUUAUUAAAAUAUUAUUUCGAUUUAGAUAAUAUUGGCGUGAAUUUAAAUAUUAAAAGUAAAAACGAAUACGAUCACGCAUUGAUAACUCUGAGCGAAACUACUAAAUUCAUGGGAAACUACUGGGAAACCGGUCUGCUAUGGAAAGAAAAUUACAAUUUAAACUUUGAAAGUUACACCACUGCAAAGAAGAGAUUAUCGUUAAUUGAAGUUAGAAUAGAUCGCGAUCCCAUUUAUGCCGAAUUGUAUUAUAAAGAAGUACAACGCUUUAUUGACAUGGGUUAUGCUGUUAAAGUUAAAAGAGACGCUCCCAGACCAAAAAUUUGGUACUUGCCACAUUUUGGUGUAUAUAAUAUAAAUAAACCAAAUAAAAUAAGAUUUGUGUUUGAUGCUGCGGCUAAGACAAACGGUGUCAGUUUCAAUGAUUUACUUGAAUCGGGACCAGAUUUAUUGCAAAAUUUAGUGGGCGUGCUUUUACGGUUUAGACAAUUCGAAGUCGGUUUUGGCGCUGAUACGAAAGAUAUGUACUUGCGAAUAAAAGUGAAAAAAGAAGAUCAAGGGGCUCAAAGAUUUUUAUGGCGAGGAAAAGAUCGCGAUAAAGAGCCGGAUGUUUAUGAAAUGACUAGUUUAAUUUUUGGUGCGAAAUCCUCUCCAUGCAGUGCGCUUUAUGUACAAAAGAAAAACGCUGAACGAUAUGCGAUUACUAAUUCAGAUGCUUCAAUCAGCAUUGUAAGAAAUAGUUACAUGGAUGAUUAUUUAUGUAGCAGAAGAACAGAAAGUGAUUCGAAAAAAUUGAUUCACGAUGUGAUAAAAAUAAAUUUGGAGGCUAAUUUUGAGAUGCAUGGUUGGGUUUCGAAUAAGCCGCGAAUACUCGAAGAUGUCGUUUUCAAAAAACAACAAUCAAACGAAAAAGAAAUGCGAUUAUUCGAUCGAGGGGGAGAACGCGUGUUGGGUUUUGGAAUCAGUUGGGAUGAUAAAUUACGCGAUGAGGAAUACGCCGCUUGGAAAGAGUGGAUUUCGGAGAUUAGCCUACUGAAAGAGUGUCACAUACCACGUUGUUACAUGAGUCACCCGCGAGAAAGCAACAUACAACUACACGUGUUCUGCGACGCGAGUACGACAGCGUAUGCGGCUGUAGCUUAUCUACGUUACGAGUAUGAAAGCGGGCAUAUCAGUGUUUCUUUGGUGAUGGCGAAAAGUAAAGUCGCGCCUUUAAAACCGAUGACAAUUCCACGAAUAGAAUUACAGGCUGCCUUAGUCGGAGCGCGGUUAGCAAAAUUUAUACAAAAUGAAGUUGAAAUAAAAAUAUCAAAGCGAUUUUUUUGGUCGGAUUCGAGUACCGUAAUUCAAUGGAUCAAAUCAGAGCCGCGUAAGCGUCAAAUUUACGUAGCGAAUCGUCUAGGAGAAAUAAGCGAGCUCACGAAAAGCUCUGAAUGGUUUUGGGUUCCUACAGCGGAAAAUGCAGCUGACGAUGCAACUCGUUUUUCAAAUGACGCAACACGUGAAAAUUCGCGAUGGUUUAGAGGCCCAAAAUUUUUAAGUUUGCCUCCAUCUGAAUGGCCAAAAGAUAGGUUUUUAAGCGAGGAAGAGAAAACUCGAAUCGAUUGCUUAGAAACACGGAAAGCUAAUGUUUUUACGAUCGCGUCUCAAGUUUCUCAGAUUCCAUUAGCCAUGCGUUUAUGUGGUUGGCGCGGUUUACUAAAAUAUGCAAGUCGCACUGAAGAAGUUCGUACGAGAAUGGCAGUAUAUAAAUGGAAAGUAUUCGCAAAAAAAGAAAAACCACGGAAAACUAAAGUUGAUAUAUGCGAAAAUUAUUGGAAAGAAAUUCCGAAAGGAAGCAAGAUAAUAGGACUGAGGCCAUAUUUAGAUGAAAACGGAGUACUGCGGGCAAAAGGUCGAGUAGAUUUUGCACCAGGGUUAAAAUUUAAUAACAAUCCCAUUGUAUUGGAUAGUAAACAUUUCGCUACUAAAAUGCUCAUCCAAGAAUAUCAUCGUAAGUUCUAUCAUGCAAGUAGCAACGCGGUUUUAAAUGAAUUACAACAAAAAUAUUUCAUCAUUGGCUUGCGAAGUGCGUUACGUUCAAUUAUCCAUAAAUGUUUAAUUUGUAGAUUACGCAGAGGAAAACCUCAGAAUCCGUUAAUGGGGAAUUUACCGGAAGCACGUUUAGCCGUCGGACAAAGACCAUUUAGUCACUGCGAUGGAGGUAAUAAGGGGUCAUCAGGCGGGGGUGGUAGAGGGCAACUUGAGGGCGACACCAACCAUGUUGCUAUUUCUAUAGGCACAUCUUUCAGUUCUAGCCAUUCAAGUUCAGGCGAUUCAGGUGGAAAUAAUCAACAACAGAUCCAUGGACAAUUGAGUAGGCUAGGUCUUCAUGACAACAACUAUGUGGCAAUUCCUAUAGGUACACCUUCGAGUCUUAGUCAUUCAAGUUCUAGCGAUUCAGACUUCGGAAUUCCAGCGAAGUGGCACUUUUACGCAACUGCACAUGGAAAAGGACCAUGCGAUGGUAACAGUGGUAAUUUGAAAAGAUUUUCUGCGCUUGAAAGUUUCCAGGCAUCAUCUAGAGAUCAAAUAUUGACUGCUGUUGCUCACUGUCAAUGGGCAAAAAAUAACUUUCCUAAAACUGCAUUCUUUUUUAGUUCCAAAGAAAAUCACGUUACCACAGCUGCAGAACUCAAACUUCGAUUCGCUUCUGCAAACACUAUCCCUGGCAGCCAAUAG